AUGUACACUGUCUGCCCUGCCACGCCCGACGGAAGCGCGAGCCCAUACCACCGAGCAUCCCCACCUUAUCGCAGCCACGCAUCGCCGCACAGUCGACUCGGCGACUCAGCAUCGCUGAGCAGCGCCAUGACCGAGGCCGGGAUGUAUGAGAGCAACUCUGAUCUCUCCGCUGUCUGCCCCACGUGGUUCAACCGGUGUGCGGCAUCAUCGCCUUCCAUGUCGUCGGUGAUGGCCUCGCGCGACUUGCCUCCGUUGCAGGCCCACUCGCCAGACCCGAAGAGCCGCCGCCAGCAGCCGUUCAACUCCAUCGCAGCCGCCGUCUCAUACUUGUCGCCGCUCGGCGUUGCUUCCAACGAGUCCCCUCACUUGAAAACCGCGCCGACAUCGUUCGACGAUACCUCCUGCGGCGGCUUGACGAGCCCGAACUCUAACCGUGGUGGCAUGAUGACCAGUGUUCCGCAGCAGCAGAGCCGCGGCAACUGCUGCAGCAACGUGGGGCACGUGAUGCUGCCAGAAGAGGUGUCUCACCCGAACAAGCUCGCCCAGUCUGGGAUGCUGACCUCUUCGUCGCCAUCGCACUCUGGGGGCACCGGCACCGCCCGAGUGAGCGGCGCCUCACCAUAUCAAUGCGCCUCGGAUGGGCUGGCCUCCCAGCAGCAGGAAAAGCAGCAGCAAUCGACACUGCAGCGCUAUGCGCCUGGCAACGUCACAACAUCUGUCGGCGCAAGCUCUUCCGCGGCGGCAGGAGGUGCUAGCUCGGGUAGUGUCCCCACUGGCGAUGCUGAUGCGGACACGAUCGUCCCACGGCAGCACGGUGACAACGACUCACUGGCGCUCAACAGUUUGCUUGAGGAGCAGCUAACCAUAACUGCAGCUUCGGUGCCCCACGAUGCAUUCGCGUCGUCACCCUUCAGCCGAGGCGCGCUGCCAUCUUUCCACCUCCAUCCGCGAGCCGCUAUAUCGCCGGCGCGUGAGUCGACGCCCGUGAUACCGCUGAAGACGCCUCCAGCAACCACCUCUACGCCUCUCCGAGCCGACGAUAGUGCACCGCGUGGAGUAGCAGCUGACUGCGCCAGUGAAGCUCGCGGCUCGCAGACGUCGCCGCCGCGGCCGCACGCGUUCGCCCAACACCAAUCGCCCGAGAAAGGCUUCGACUCGCAGUCAACUGGGACUCCGCAUCCGCAGCCGCAGCAACUACACCCACCGGCACCCACGUCCUCAUCGCCGCAGGUGCUAAAGCCACCUGCGAUGUUUGGCGUUAUCGACCUCUCCUACAGCCGUACAGAUGCGAGCGGCUCGAAGGCGACACCGCCAAUGUCGACCGGCGCUACCAGUGUCGGCGCGAGCACCGUGGUGAAGACGCGCACACAGGUGAGGGCGUCUUCGAGGGCACCGGCAGUGAUCAGUGUACGCGUUCCCGUCUCCUCACUCCCGAGCAACAACAGCACGACUGUCACGUCCGUCAACCACGCCGAUCCAACAGCAGCCGCGACGCCAUUAUCGUCGACAGCGGCGACAGCCACUGCCGUCGCACAGCUAAAUGGCGGAAGCCCCUGCAGCGAACUCACGGCACACUCGAGCACAACCAUUUUGCGCAUGGUCCACAGCGCGGGCCAAACCGACAGCAGCUACCCGACCUUGCACACAACGCUAAGUCAUAGCCGUGAUGCGACGACUGCCACCGCGACGACAACAGCGACCACGACUCCAGGGUACUCGCUACGUGCGGAUUCCCAGACGCCGGUGCAUACGGCCACGAUCGCCUCCCAGCGCGGGACCUUUUUCACACCGCUUUCACCGCUGCUGGCGGAGAGUGACGACGACGCUGUCGAGGCGGAGCAACAGCAACAGCAACGCAAGGCAGUGCAGCCUCAGCAGCACAUGAAGUCUGUGGCGUCGACGGCCCUGAUGGUUGCACGGGUGCGAAAGACAGCUGCGUCGUCCCCCACUGUCUCAGUCGACGCGGUGCGCAAUCCGGAGCGACUGUCGCAGCCGCUGAUGCUGACUGCCGACACAGUGCUGCCAGUCGCGGUGCAGGAGGACGAGGCCCGCUGCAGCUCGAGCGCCGCUACCACUGCUACGCGAAGCAGCUCUAACAGCCGCGCACAGCUGUCGUCCUCAGCAUCGCUUUCCAGGUCGAUCAACGGCACGACCAUGACGGCACCCAAGGGUGGUACCGCCGGUGUUGCAGCUAGCGGCACUGGCCGCCUGGAGAGGGUGCGCACCGUGGUACGCGCCGGCAGUGUCAGUGCACGCAACGUGGCUUCCCGUCAAAGAGGACCGCGCGAGAAGUUCGCCGCCACCUUUGCCGGCGGCAGCUCCUUCUCCAGCAAAGUAGCUGCUUCCGCGUCGAGUGCCUCUGCCUCUAUGGACAUGAGCGUCGUAGCUGGCGCGCGUGGCGCUCACUUGCGUCGGCAAACGAGUGUGAGCACUGCGUCGACGAGCUCAGUUUCCAGCGACAUGCCGAGAGCGCUCCCGGCGUUAGCGAGCUACUCCUUUGUUUCCAGCCGCGCUCACAUGCAGCGCUACAUCGACCAGUGGCGCGACCGCUUCGAGGAGGACAAGAACGCGUACAAGGAAGGCGGCUAUCUCACCGUGACGCCGGGCCGCAUCGUUCACUCGCGGUACGUGCUGAUUCAGAAGCUGGGCUGGGGCGAGUUCAGCACGGUGUGGCUAGGCUACGAUACAAAGCACGCCACCCUGGGUCGCGGCCUGUCUCAGGCCUUCGUCGCUGUCAAGGUCGCCAAGUGUCGCUCCAGCGUCCAGGAAGCAACGCGCUACGAGGUGAGUCUGCUGCGCUAUCUUGAGGCGCGUCUCCCGCGGCAUGCCGCCAUCACGAACAUCAUCGACUGCUUCGACGUGCAGGGCGAGUUCGGCAUGCACACUUGCAUGGUCCUUCCCCUCUGUGGGCCCAACCUCCUUUCCAUCAUCGAGCGCAUGAAGGCGGACCGCAGCCGACGCAACGCCGAGGACCUGCGCAUGAUUAAGGAGAUUGUCCUUUCGGUGCUCAUCUCGCUACAUGAGCUGAGCGAGCUGAACGUCGUGCACACCGACAUCAAGCCGGAGAACGUGUUGUGCUCGGCGGUGGAUUCGAAGCUGGUAAAUUCGAUGGAGAAGUUCUGCAGUUACAACCAGGAGCGGAGCCACAUGAUCAGCCUCGAGGACUUCAAGAAGUCCAUGGCGCAGCAGUCGACGGAUCACCUGGUGUAUCUUGCCGACUUCGGCUUGUCGGCGCUGCUGGAGCCGCCGGGCUCUGCGCAGCUCUGGAUGUCUGCGUGCAGCAACGUCGACGCCUCCCUGCUGGCACCGCUCAUGCGUUGCAAGAAGAACUUCCCGGUCACGCGGUCUGGCGUCGUGGAUAACCAUCGCGGCACGCUCAUCCAGACUCGCGAAUACCGCGCACCGGAGGUGCUGCUGGGCCUUGACUUCACCAGCGCGACGGACGUGUGGAGCGUGGGGUGCAUGACGUUUGAGCUCCUCACCGGGAACUUCCUGAUGGAUCCGAAGAGGAAGACGCGCGAACCGCGUGAUAUGGAUAUUGAACAUCUCGCCAUGAUGAUGCAGAUCCUCGGCCCACUGCCGUCCGAGAUCACAAGCAUUCGCGUGCGCAACAACGACUACUACGAUGCAAUUAUUCAAGGGACUCCGGUACCGAAGAGCGGGUUUCACCCGCCGCCAGAGUACCUGCACCGCUUCUUGGACCGAAACGGCAAGUUCAUAUACGCCUCGCGCUACUACUCCUACCCGCGCCGGAACUUGGAGAUGGAACUGGAGCCGUACCUCGGCUUCCGCGAGGCGCAACUGGCAGCCAACUUCAUCUUGUCAUGCCUGCACUCGUACGACCCCAAGAAGCGACCCUCAGCGAAGAAGCUGCUCAGCCAUCAGUGGCUCCACGGUGUUGGUGUCGCGCCCAAGGAGAAGACGUCGUCGCGGUAG